GGAGCGUGCGCAGAGAUGGGCCGCCAGGGGGCGUUGAUUGGCGCACAGCGUGACCGCCCCAAGCCCCGCCCCCGGCGGCGCCUUCUAAACACGUCCUUCCGCUCACUUCCUCCUCUUUUCUCUUCUCCGCCAUCCUAUGUGCGGUUGAGUUCUGUCCGCACCAUGUCUUCUCACAAGACUUUCAGGAUCAAGCGAUUCCUGGCCAAGAAGCAAAAGCAGAAUCGUCCCAUUCCUCAGUGGAUUCGAAUGAAAACUGGCAAUAAAAUUAGGUACAACUCCAAGAGAAGACAUUGGAGAAGAACCAAGCUGGGUCUAUAAGAAGCCUCACAUAAAAAGUGGCACACAUGUUAAGAUCACUUAUUUAAGCAGCCGUAUCACAGUGAGAACAUCACUACUGUAAUGCUUGGCUCCUGAUGUUUCUUAUUUCCUCACUCUCAGUCUGAGACCAGUAAUAAAUAUGAUACGUUA